AUGGCCGACGAAGUGGCGGCUGCGGUGCCACGUGUCGUGUCGCAAUUGAACGAUCUGGGGGCGUUCCCGAGCGCGACGUGGGUGGAAGGCGCGCUUCGACACAUAGUCGCGACAGACCCGUCAAUUAAUCUACCCGCCGACACAGGAAGAGGAGUACGAGGAUUAGCGCGCGACGGCGGCGGGGGGAGAGGCGAGGGGGAAGAGCAGGCGUGGCGGGAAGUGGUAACCCGAUGCAUGGCGUUACUGCUACUAACGGAUCUAAGAGCCGUGUCGUCCAAUAGCGGCUGCCUGCCCGGUAACGUGCACGCCAUGCACGACCAGACGCUGCGAGGAAGCUUCCUUCUCCAGGUGGGGGCGGAGCGGCGGGAAGCGGGGACGGAUGAGUUGACUAGGUUGACUAGGUGGUGGACAUAUCCGUGCCCCUCCCCUCAUCUGUCCUUCCACUCCGCGCCUCUGACCGCGCUGACUUCCCCGCCCUGCGUGUCCCCCCUUGCGCCCCCAGGUGGACGAGGUGGCCGACAUAUCCGUGCCCCUCAGGUGGACGAGGUGGUCGACAUAUCCGUGCCCCUCAGUACCGCCACGUGCCCGCGCUCUCUCCCUCCAUGGCCCCCGGCUGCAAGGCAGGUGAUUCUAAGAGACGUGCUUGUAAGGAGAGGCCUGCUGCUGUUGCUCCCUGAGCUCGUGCAAGUCCUGGGAGGACACGUGGCACAUUUGGAGGCUGCCAGGUGCCGCAUCGCGGACCACUUUUCUCGCCCCUCGCGGCCGCACUCACUCUCACGGGGGCGUCUCUCCUCUCGUUCCACCUUAGAGAGCACCACUCUCAUGCUCGCUCAAGAGGUUGCCUGGCCUCCUGACCCUGCUGCCUCUGCUGCGGCCCCUGAUGUUACCACUGAUGCUGCUGCUGCCUCUGGUGGUGGUGCUUCUGCUCCUGCUGCUGCUGCUGCUGCUGCUGCUGCUGCCACUGCAGCUGCUGCUAGUGGUACAGCAUAUGCUGGUUCCCCUGGCUCGAACCAGGGUCAAUACCACAGUCGCUACAACUCCACUUCAGCGGCUGCUUCUACCACUUUUGCUGCCGCCGCCACUGCCACCGCUGCCGCCGCCACCGCCGGUGCUGCAGCUGUUGCGUCUGCGUCUCCUGGUGGUGGAAUCAACGCUUCUGCUGUCGGCUCAAACCAGCCGACCCACGCACACGUGGCGCCAUCUUGGCGUGACACGUCACCUUCCCUGCCACGUCAGCAGAGCUCUUAUCCGCAGCGGAAGCAACAGCUGGAGACUGGGGCCCAGCAGAAUGGGUUUUGUGGGAACGGUUACCUGGGAGAUGGGCAGGCAGGGGGGAUUUCAAGGGAAAAUGGAUUGGGAGAGAGAGAGUGCGUGGUGGUGGGGGUGAAGGAGUUCAGCUAUCGCACGCCCGGUGUGGUGCGCCUGGUGGUGUAUGUCGAUGAUGGCUGCUCGCUCAUGCCCGCUGCCGUGCACCCUGCUGAGAUAGCGCGGCUGUUGCACAUGGACGAGGCGGCUCUGCUCGCCAUCACCCACGCGCCGUCCCUGCCACCUCCCUUCCGCUCCGCACUCAUGCGCCUGCAAGCCUUCCUUGCGUCCUUCGAGGCACCAACUCAGCAGGUGUCGGUGCCUCGAAGGGGGCAGUGGGGGAGGAGCAAAGCAGGACAAGGGAGUUGA